AUUCAAUCUUUUGAAACAUUAUCUUAAACCCAAAGCAAAUAAAAUUAUGUUUUACCUGUUUUAUUUUAUUAUUAAUUUAUUACUAUUUUCAGUACUACAGAACUAGGUAAUAGCUACAGAUUAUAGAUCAGUAGACCAGUUCGCAAUGUACAUUAAUAUAAUAUUGACGAAUAACGAUUGCAGUUAAAAGGUGACUGCUGAAACGUAAUUUAUAUUAUAAGUAAAUAAUUACCAACUAAAUUUAUUUAUUACAUAAUUCAUGAGAUUAUAAUUUUUUUAUUUGACAUUAUUAUGACUGUUAUUCAAAAGGUCAUUGCAAACUUAGUACUAUAACAGUUCCAUUGCUGGGCCAAUUUACAUGUAUGCGCUAUCAGCUGUAAAAUGGUUGACGAUUUGGACAAAUGCAUUGACAACUAUUCCAAAGAAUGGCGUCAGGCAUUCCUUUUAUUAUUGUUGGUCGGUACUCCUGGAAUAUUCAAUGCUAUACAGAUAUCGACAUACGUGUUCCUAGUUGACAAACCUUCCUAUUGGUGUGAUGUCCCUGUUUUGAAAGCAGCAGGAUGGAGUAACCAAAUGAUCUUAAAUGUUUCUACACAGUAAGAUUUAAAUAUCUUUUCUAAAACAUAAUUUAUUUUAAGUUUCUAAUUAGGCAUGUUAACUAAUAACAUAUUCUCCUUCACCUUCAUCCCAGCUAUGAGAGUCAGUAAACCCUCGUUCUAAACUUCCACUUGACCCAAUAUCCCACCUUGUAUUCAUCGGCUGACUUUAUAUCACUUACAGCCAACAACCUCCUUUUCAGUUUUCCUCUCCACCACUCCUCAUUCAUUUAUUUAUAUUACAAUUCUUAUUGCUUCAGAUUCCUCUUUUCCCGUGACAUGCCCAAAUCAUCUUAGUCUAUUUUUUCUCAUUUUGUUUACUAUGGAAGACAUACCCAAGCUACUCCCUAUGAACUCAUCCCUGUCCUAUCUUCUCUUGUCACUCCAUUCAUCCACCUAAUCAUUCUCAUCUCUGCUACACUUAUUCUCUGUUUUAUUUUGUUUACUGUCCAGUUCUUUUAUGAUCUGACAAUUUUCUCCACCUUAUCCAACCACACUUAAUCCUACGUUUCACAUCCUCACAAAAGCCACUGUUUUUGUACAAAAGAUUCUAGAUACUUAGAACUCAAUCUUGCCUAUAACCACUUAUUAUCGUUAGUUGUUUUGUUCUGUUCUUCCAUACUUUGUUUUACUUCUACCUAUAUUUAUUUGCUUUCCUUUAAGAGUUGCUUUCCAUUCCUCAAGCUUAUUGUUAAACUAUUCCAGAUUUUCUCCUACCAAAACUAUAUUACCUGCAAACAUCAUGCACCAUGGUACCUCCUCUUGUUGUCCCUGCGCACAUUCAAGAUGAGACAAUCUACCAAAGUCUUGGUUUAGAAUUUCUCAUACUGACAGAAUUUUACACCGGUUAUCGAAUUGAUACAACCUAAUCAAGUCUUUUAUGACAGAUAGAGGUACCGUGGAAGUAUUCUGAUCAUCUCUCAUAAGAAAAAUCGUAUUGUCAAUUGUAAAGUGAAUUACCCCCAUCACCUUAUAAACACUACCAUAUGCCUACUGGAAUCACCCACCUGAAUUUUUCACCAGUUGGUGCUGGUUUUGCUAAACUUGUUGCAUCAUAUUACCCAUGAGGUGAAUUAAUAAUAACUAAAAAUAUGAAUUCAAAUUUUGUUUUCAAAAUCUUAGUAAUAAAAUGUUUUAUUUAACUUGUUUGAUAGAUAUUAGAUACAUUAAUAUUGUUUUUAAAGAAUUCUCUGUAAAUGUAGUAAAAGGUUAAACUCUAAAUUGAACUUUAAUACAACAACUUAAGUUCUGUGUGACAAAAUUUAGAUAUCAUAGUACCAUACUGUUUUAAUUUGAGAAGUAUAUGAAGUGACUUUACUAUUAAAAUUGUUUAUUUUGUUUUAAUUAUUAUUCAUAUAUUAUUUAUUGUUUAUAGAUAUACAAAUUAUUUACCUGAAAAAAUAGAGGAAUGUUCAUAUUACAAUCGAAAUUAUCAAAUAUUUGCCAAAAAUGGCUAUAAUUGGUCAAUGCAACAUUUAAAUAAUGCUAAUUUAAUAAAAUGUCAGUAUUAUGAUUAUAGUAGUAGGGAAUCUGUUGUAUCUGAAGUAUGUACUAUUUUUAAUCUAUCUGCAACACAUGUACACUUACAUAAUUUCAUUUAAAUAAAUGACCCAUAUUCUGUAAAAUGUUUCAGUGGAAUUUAGUGUGUGAUAAUGUAGCACUCAAGUCUAAUAUUCAAGCAGCUAUAGCUUUUGGAAAAUUUGUUGGCGGAUUUAUCUUUGGCUCAAUUUCGGAUACGUAUGGCAGGAAGUUUGCAUUUAACCUGGCAGUUUUUAUAUACAUGUUUUCAGGACCAUCCGCUGCCUUAGUUGAUUCAUACAUUUUUUUUUUAAUCAUACGAUUUUUAAUAGGUGUAGCUGGUUCUGGAGUGUAUGAAUCUUCUUACACAAUAGGUGUGCAAUUUGAAGGACAAUAUUGUAUACAUGACAUUAGUAAAUAUAUUAAAACACAAAUUCAUUUUAAUUUCAGCGACAGAAUUAACAAGCGGUAAAACUCGUACAUUACUUUGUCUUUUGAUGAAUUUAUCUUAUCCAAUUGGUUAUGUUUUAUUAUCAAUUGUGGCUUAUUAUACACGGCUAUGGAGAAAAUUGCUUUUAACAUUAUCUUUGCCUUUAUUUGGAUUGUUAAUACAAUGCUGGUGAUUUUUUUAAUUGUAUAAAUUAAGGUACAUAGAUUAUUAUUUAUUUGUAUGUAUUAAUAAUUAUGUAUAGGUAUCUACCUGAAUCUCCUAAAUGGUUAAUGUCUCAAGGAAGAAAAAGACAGGCUUGGGAUGUCAUGACUAAACUUCUUCCAUCUGCAAGUUAUGUUGAAAACAAUGAAGAUAACAAUCACCAAAUUGACAUUAGUCAAAAGGUUUGUCAAUUAAGAAUUAUUCAAAUGAUAAAUAGUAGAACUUUUGUUAUCAUAAAGUAUUACUUUUAUAUCAAAUGAUGUUUAAUCCUGAAUACCUACAUCUAAAUGUAUAAAAUAUUUAAUUAAUACUUUUUUUUUGUUGACAAAAACCAUUUUUGUUUAAACAAAGUAGUCAAAAAAGACUUCUGGAAAAUGUAUGGAAUUUUUAUCAACUUUUACAUCUUUGUUUUCUACUUGGGAUUUAUCUGCAAAAACUCUUAUUUGUUUUACUUGUGGAUUUGUUUGUGGUUUAUCAUAUUACGUUAUUGGUAAGUUGUAUUUGAUAAUAUAUAAUAUUGAUACACAAUUAUUCGAAGAAAAAGAAGUUAAUGAACAUCACUCAAUAGUAAAUAGUUAUUUUUAUUAAAGCUAUAUGUAUUUCCUGUAACAAAAAUAUAUUUAACUUUAUCAAAAAAAUAUAUUUAACUUUAUCAAAAAACUAUAUUAAAUAAAUAAAGUAUAUAUUGUAGGAACUAGAAUUUUUGUUAUUAUUUUUAUUUAACUAAAUUAUAUGUUUAUUCCUUAGAUUUUAAUUUGUUUAAUGUUUAGGCUUCAGAUAAAAAUAUAAUUUAUUUGAGUAUUUUAUUCAAGAAUUGAAAUGUUCUAAACAAAAUUAAACAGCAUAUAAUAUAGUAAAUAAUGAAGUUUUAUCAUUAAUAAUUAUUGCAUAUUGUAUCACUAACACUUGUUGGUAAUAAGCUAUUAAUUUUUUUAUUAUUUUUAUUUUAUAAUUCAUUUAUUUUUUGCAGCUGUUUAGUCUUUAAUGUAAAGUUAUAAAACUUUUUGUUUGAGUUUUCUUUUAAUGUUAUAUUUUCAGAAAAUGUAUAGAAAAACAAACAUAUCUCAAGAUAUUAUAAUUCAAAAUAUUUCGAACAAGGAGUGUAGAUUAUUCAUUUUGGUGAUGAUUUUGGUUUAGUAACAAUUGUAUGUUUAAAGGCCUAAUUAAUUUUCUGUACUUCACUUUACUAUCACAUAUUUUGUUAGAUAAUUUUAAAACUUUGAAUUUUCGAUAUUGUCAACACAUAAUAAAGUAGGUCUUUUUUAAAAUUAAAAAAUAUAUAAAUAAACAAUAAACUGAAAACAUUGAAGUUGUUUAUAAUCUUGAAUGCAAAAGAUAAAAUAAUUUUAUGUUGUUUUAACUUUUUAAGAUUGUACAUUAAUAACAUUUUUUCUAAUUGGUAUUAUUCUAAUGCAUUAGCAUUGAAUGGUGAUAACAUUUCUGCUGAUCGUUAUGUAUAUAUUGCGUUGAAUGGAGUUGUUGAAGGUAUAGCCUAUGUGGCAACAGUUCCUUUAUUAGUUUAUGUUGGACGUAAAAAAGCAGUUUCAGGUUUAUUUUUCAUAUCUGGAAUAUUACAGCUCUCAUUGUUUACAAUGCCUCCAGAAGGUAGAUAAAAAGAUAUAAUACUUUUUAAGAGGUCAUUAUAUCCGCAUCUAUUGUCUCAGUCCAACUACAUACAAAACAAUGUUUCUGCAGAAUAAGUAAAACUAGCCUAAUUUUGAUUUUAGAGUAAAAGUACCUAUUAUAAAAUUUAUAGGGAACAGUAUUUUGAAGGCAUAGAGUUUUUGUAUUAUUCAAAAUAUACAGCUCAAUAUAAAAGAUACAAAAAUCUUUUUUUGUUUAUUUUUUAAAUAACUAACUUUUAUAAUAGUUUAUAAUUCAAAAAAUUCUUAUGGCAUUCAUAUAGUAUUCUCUCCAAAAUAAUGUUCUCUAUACAUUUUAAAAAUAGGUAAUUUUUAUCUAAAAUCAAAAUUAAGCUAGUUUUACUUAUUCUGCGUAAUCAUUAUUUUCGUAUGGUACCCGGUUAUUAGACUGAGAUAAUAGAUGCUGGUAUAACAUCCUCUUAAUAAUAACAUAAAUCCAUGAAAGCUAAUUUAUUUUACAUAUUAUAUUUAAAUGUCUUUUUAGAACAGCCAUAUUUUUUAUUGUUUAUGGCUAUGCUUGGAAAAUUUUGUGUAAGCGCUGUAUUUUCAGUUUGUUUACUUUUUAUAUCAGAACUAUAUCCAACUGCAAUAAGAAAUACUGGUCUUGGAACAUCAUUGACUAUUUCUCAAAUAGGAACUAUUAUUGCGCCAUAUGUAGUUGAAUUAUUGGUAAUAUCAAUUAUGCAUGUUACCUCCUAUUUCCUUAACAAUAACUAAUCAUUUUUGGAUUUUGUUGAUUACUUUAGGGAGCAAAAGCAUGGUACAUUCCAAGUACAGUAUGUGGAAUACUGUGUAUUUUUGUUGCAAGUUUGGUUCUUAUGUUACCAGAAACAAAAGGUACAGUAUUGCCUGAUACUCUAGAGGAUAUGAAGAAUAUUAAGUCUGUAAAAAUGUCGAACUGUUUUAUAUUUUAAACGUAUUUUAUCGAUUCCUUUUUUUUUUAAUUUAAGCGCAAAUAAAAGUGAAUAAAAGCAUUUAUUCAAAUAUUUGAAACAGUAUUUUAUUAAUUAUAUUUAUUUAUUUUUAUAACUAUGACGUAAUGUUACCAAACUAAAAUUUACAUAUAACAAAGUUAAAUUUAUUUAUAAUGUACUUAUGGUUUUAAAAUUAUAUGAAUUGUAUUAUGCAUUACUAUAAUUAUAAUGACUAACUCACACAUGGAGAAUGGAAAUACAAAUAAUUAUUUAAAUUGUGAAUGUAAGAGGAAAAUAUAACAUUUCCACUAAUGUUUAUUUAAUUUUAUUAUGAUUUUGCAUAUUUUUGUGAUUUGUUAAUUACUUUUAUUUUUAAUUGAUUAAAAAAAUGUAUACAUUUUUAAUUAAAUUACAUUUUUAUUGGUCCUUUAAGUGCCAAUUGUAACAGAGACAUUACAUUUAAUGAUGAUAAAUCGAUCAGAACCGACUAGAAAAAAAUAAAAAAAUAUUUGUUCGCCUAUAAUAUAACAAUAACGAGUAAAUAAUAACAUUAUUCCAUUUAAUAUAAUCAAAACAAUACUCACUUCCACAUUUGGUAAUGUGUUAACUUGAAGUAGAUUGUCUUUUCUGAAACUUAGAAUAGUGACAGCCAAAAGUGGUAAUACCUCUAGAGAAUCGUAGGCUAGAAUCAUAUCCCACAAGUUGAGCAAU